UGGCCCUCGAAUGUCCAAAUCAAGCAUGAGCGCCAAUUCUCGAUGCAGGACCAAGAAUACCGAGAGGGAUUUUGCAAGGUAAUCUUCUAGAUCUAGGAAAUUACCGUCAAUGCCUUGGUAUUAACAAAGAAGUCGAUGAUAUGGUUAUUGAUGGGAAGUAUUGUCAAAUAAGCAUUGUAUUAUCAAAUCUUGUUAACUUUGGGAGUAAAAAUGAAUUAGAAAACUUAAACAAAGCUGGUAAUUCUGUAAAAAAUGAAAUCUAUCUAUAUGAAAGAAUACGAAAAGAUUUACAAGCCCUGGAUGGGAUAGAAACUUCAAAAACUUUAAGAAGGGGUGCAAUCAAUAUCGGUGGUUUACCCUUUAGAGUAGCUAUUUGUAUACCAAAGCCUUGUUCCACAAGACAGGCGUUAUCAAAUCUAAUUGGUGCAACAGAGUUGGUCAGUUAUCAGGAACAAUUUUGUCGAUUCAAAAAUGAUAAACCUUGGACUCCGGCGGUGUAUGUAGCUAUUGUCAUUUUCAGUUUAAUUGGUUUGCUGGCUAUUCUUAGUACAAGCUACGAUAUUUGGAAUACGGUUAUACGUAAACGAGAUCCUAAAUCUCUCAACACAAUUUGUCUAUCGUUCUCAAUAUACACAAAUUCACGUAGUCUCGUCACGUAUAAACCAGUUCGCGGUGCUUUAGAAUGUGUAGAUGGCAUUAGAGCAAUAUCUAUGGCUUGGAUUGUGGUCGGGCAUACGUUUGGUUCUUUUCCACCAUUUAUAAAUAGCUUGGAAUUUAUGCAGUGGGGUAUGUCAUUUGGUUCAAUAUGGGUGACUGCAUCACCAAUUGGUGUUGAUACUUUCUUCACGUUAAGCGGUUUGCUGAUUGUCUACACUACUGUUGGGAAACUUAGCAAUAUGAAACUAUUGAAGAAUCUUCAUCUAUUUUACAUCAAUCGAUUUCUACGAAUGUUUCCUCUAUUGGCCACUACGGUGUUGCUGCAAGUUGGUGUAUUACAUUAUAUUCAUGAUGGUCCAAUUUGGACUAGAGUUGCUGGCAACACUGAGGUCUGUAGGACAAACUGGUGGUCAACAUUACUUCUUGUGCAAAAUUAUUUUCAACCAAUGUGCAUAGGUCACACUUGGUACUUGGCAAUUGAUAUGCAACUACAUAUCCUGUCUCCACUAGUCUUAUUCUGGGUAUUGUCAGGCAAAAGAAAUCGUGCCUGGUCAGCUUUGAUUGUUGUAUUAUUGAUUUCUCUCACUGGAUCAACAAUUUACAACUUCUUGAAUGAUUUCAUCAGUACUACUGUACGACCUGUAUUGAGACCAGGAGAGGGUCAAAGAUACUCGAAAUACUAUUACUACAAUACAUUAACGAGAUCUUCACCUUUCUUUGUUGGGAUGUGUUUUGGGUACUUGAUCCACUUUUGGCGAGAAAAGAAUAUUCGAAUAACAAAGAUCUGGAGUUAUAUAUUAUGGAUUGUCAACUUAGCCGUAUUGUGGUUGGCAUUCUACGCGACCACGCCGAUGAAGAGUACUGAUUUCGAUAGUCAAACUGUGGAGAACUUAGUCAAUUCUUUUAUGCGACCAGCGUGGGCUCUAGGGCUUGGCUGGCUUAUUCUUGCAUGUGUUGAAGGAUACGGAGGCCCGAUCAACUGGUUCCUGUCAUUACGAAUGUGGAAAUUGCCGUCUCGACUCUCAUACGCGAUAUAUUUGUUGCAUAUGCCCAUACAAGUCGUCAUAGUUGGAACAGCUUCGCAACACAUUUACUUUUCUGUGAUGAAUUUUAUGUACAUGUAUUUCGGCCAAUUUGUGAUAUUUUUCAUAAUCAGCUUUGUUUUCACAAUUCUGGUGGAUUUUCCGUGUACCACUAUAUUCAAGGUGCUUUUAGGAAGCGGUAUCAAAAACUCUACUUCAGAGCAAGCAGGUGGUACAAGAAACAUGCAAAAAGAAACAUCUGAUUGAUCAAAACGAUGUGCUGAUCAUGAGCAAAACGAAUGAGUAACAGGAAAUAUGUUUAAUAAAAAUCACCAAACGUAAUCUCGUCGAAUCAUUUCUAAAAUAUAAAUCUAAAAUAUAAAUCUUGUGCCUACACAAGAAG